GGAGUACAGUAUGUCUUCUAAUGCCACUGUGAACUAAUCAACGCUCCCUGCAGAAGUGAACUGGACUUGACACUAUGACUACACACAGACAUGACUUAACUUUGCUGCCAUUUGAAGGGAUGAAAAUGCUUUCAUGAACCAUUUUCCUUGAUGAUAGUCCAAUAAAGUCGUCUCCUCUUCCCCAUGCACAUGCAGAUUCAGGAGAUGACUCACCUGUGGACUCUCCUUUCAGCCCUGCUGCUGGUCUCGUCAGUGGCGGAACCUCUGAAUGGUCCUGAGGAAGCUGCAAAUGAAAUCCUGAAACAGACAGAGGAAGAGAUCAUGAAGAGCCAGGUGAUUGAGAAUGCAAUCGGAAAUCUCAGUGAAGCUACAACAAGCCACACACCCACCACAUCUGCUCCUUCUGCCACCACUAAUUCUCCAAGCUCCAGUCUUGCUCCUCCGUGUCCCGGAAACCAAGUGAUGCUGGAGAGCAGCGCUGGAUGUGGCUGUCCAUCUGGCAUGAUGUUGGGGGCUGAAGACAACUGUACCUGUCCUGUUGGCUACAUUAUGGACGGACCUGCUGAGUGUAAAGAUACUGAUGAGUGUGAAGGAGAGAGACCAGGACCGUGUGGUCUUCAUGCCAGCUGCACUAAUACCCCCGGCUCUUACUUGUGUAGCUGUCUCCGUGGUUACCUGAUGGGUGCUGGAGGGUGCCAGGAUGUAGACGAGUGUGCUCUGGCUGCAGUGACGGGCCUGCAGGCUUGUGAGGGUAACGCUGAAUGCAAGAACACACCUGGUUCCUUCACCUGCUCAUGCCCUGUAGGAUAUGUAGUGGCACUCAGUGGACGAGGCUGUGUUGAUGUGGAUGAGUGCAGCUUCGAGGAGCAGUGUCGGCGUGAGCUGGGUAACGUGUGUGUAAACACUCCUGGCAGCUUUAUGUGUCAGUGCCAGCCGGGUUUCAGAGCGGAGGCGACUGCCUGUGUUGACGUGGACGAAUGUAACGAGAGUUCUGCCGUGUGCGGCGGUCAGGGUGUGUGUGAGAACACGCUCGGGAGCUUUAAGUGUGUUUGUCGACUGGGUUACCGGGGAAACGGCACACACUGUGAAGAUGAGAAUGAGUGCGCGUUAGGUCACGGGUGUGAUAACAACGCUCGAUGUGGCAACAUCAUUGGCUCUUUUUUCUGCCAGUGUUACCAGGGCUUCAAUGGAGAUGGAUACUCUUGUUUUGACAUCGAUGAGUGUGCUGUGAACAAUGGCCACUGUGGACACAACUGCACCAACGAGCCAGGAGGGUACAGCUGCCACUGCGCUUCCGGGUAUCAGCUGGACCAAGACGGACACAACUGCACAGAUGUGGACGAGUGCUCAGCACUGAAUGGGACCUGUGAACACAUCUGCGUCAACACUCUUGGAUCUUUCCAGUGCUCCUGCAAGCCUGGCUAUCAGCUGCACAUCGAUGGCCACACCUGUGUGGACAUUGAUGAAUGUAAACUCCAGAAUGGAGGCUGCUCCCAUGGCUGCACCAACUCUCCAGGAGGACACGUGUGCCACUGCCCUCCUCCUCUGCUAUUAGACACAGACAACCUCACAUGUAGCAAUGUUACAUCUUGUAAGUUGAGAAACGGCGGAUGCGACCACACGUGCACCGAGUGGGCUGAGGGCCGCGUGCAGUGCAGCUGUCAAAGAGGCUGGAAACUGGACGACGACCUGAGGAGCUGCGUAGAUGUGAAUGAGUGUGGCGACUUUACAAACGGAGGCUGUGAGCAGCUCUGCGUGAACCAUCCCGGUGGCUUCAACUGCACCUGCAGGGAAGGAUAUGACGUCCGGACCGACGAUCUCACCAAGUGCCAGCCUGUGUGUGACCCUUCCUGCCAGAACUAUGGAGUGUGUGUGGCCCCAAACAGCUGUGACUGUCCUCCAGGCUACCCUGGUGUAGGCUGCUCAGCCAUAUGUUCACCGCCCUGUGCCCACGGAGGCACCUGUAUGCGCUGGAACAAGUGUUUGUGUCCAUCUGGUUGGACUGGAGCAGGCUGCCACACAGCGGUGUGUGAGUUGCCCUGUGCUAAUGGAGGUCGCUGUGUGGAGCCUGAUACCUGCCAGUGUCCCUCCGACUACACCGGCACUCAGUGUCUUUUGCCUCUGUGUACUCCUGCCUGUCAAAAUGGGGGAAGAUGUGUGGAUGUCAACAAAUGUGCAUGUGUCGAUGGAUGGCAGGGAGCUCGUUGCCAAAUAGAACCUGUUCAGUGUCAGAAACCGUGUAAAAAUGGUGGAGCGUGUGUCGGCCUCAACAGGUGCAGCUGUGCCAACGGAUUUACUGGAAACCUCUGUGAAACAGCGGUGACCACCCCCUGUGUGCCACCCUGUAAACACGGCGCCACCUGCAGUCCACACAACACCUGCACCUGUCCAGAGGGCACCGCGGGCCUGCGCUGUGAGAGACUGACGUGUCCUGUAGUGACCACAGUGGUCAGUAUGGCCCGCGCAGUGAGAAAGGCCUUUAGGGAGAGCUAUGUUGACCGCUGUGGACCACUGGGAAUUCAGCUUUGCACUAAAUACAGGAUGAACCAGGCGCGCGUGUACCUGCAGGCCUACAGGGUGGGCUACAAAAUUCAGUGUCCAGAGAGGAGUGGCAGAUGAGACCAGUGGAGGAAACAUCACGUGACUUCUCUGUGGGCAGCGCCACCUUUAAAUCAAGCCUCCAUGUUGAAAUGAUUUGUUUGGUUUGUGUUGUUCAUCUUUAUCUCUAAGUUCUGUACACAAUCAUUUACUGUUUACAUUUCAUAUGAAAUAUCCCUUUGGUAUAAUAAUGUACAAUAGUUUAAUUAUCUCUACUGGUUUUUUCAGUAUGUGGCAGCCAAAGUUGGUUAAAUUGACAUUUUGUUUUACAAAAUGGUGUCAAUAUUUUUCCAGUCUUCUAAAACCUCAUUUCCUUUUCUCUAAAAUGACUUUAAUUGAAAAGAUUGUGCUUGAAGAGUUCACUUGAAGGAAUGAUUGUAAUAAUAAACUGUCACACACACACGAUGUUACACUAAAUGGACCAUCUCUGUAAAAGCUUGUGUAAUCAUCCAACUAAACAAGACGAUACAAGUACA